AUGGAGUUAUUUUCAAAAGAUUUACUCGAUGGAGCCUCUAUGAAAGAUAGUAUUACUUUUUCCAAAUACAGUUCAUUGAAAAAUGAUAUUCUGUCCAAUAAAUCAGUGGUGCGCCCUCUUCGUUCUGACGAUUAUCUCAAAGGUUUUGUGGAAUUGAUAUCUGAAAAUGGAGAAAAGGAGAGCGCUAAAAGAUUAUACGAUUCGAAAUUCUUGUUUCAAGAUUAUUAUUCUAUUUUAUCUGAAUGUAUGGGUAUGUACUAUGUCGUAGUAUUGGAAGAUUUACGCUUAAAAAAAAUUUUGGGAGCAGCUACGUUGACAGUAGAACAAAAGUUUAUUCACUCUGCAUCGAAGAGAGGUAGAAUUAUUGACGUAAAGGUAGACCAAGGACAUCAGCGAAUUGGAAUUGGUUCAUUAUUAUUAGAAGUUUUAACGCGAGUUAGUUACUGCAUUGGUUGCUACAAGACGACUAUUGUUUGUCCUAAUAGUUUGCAAGUGUUCUGCGAAAACGUGAAAUAUCAUGCUGAACCAAACCAAAAUCAUCUGCGAAAUUCAAAAUUUCCUUGUAUGGAAAAUCUUGUUGCUUCCCUUCCUAGUUCAAAAAUUUGA